AUGACAACCAUCAACUCCGAAGUCGGGUGGAUAGGUCUCGGAAGUAUGGGUCUAGCAAUGGCCCAGAACGUCCACAACUUCCUCAAAAGCGAGAAGAAACCAGCCUUGAGAUUUUGGAAUCGGACACCAUCUCGCGGCGAUCCACUGUUGGCACUUGGAGCUGUCUCUUGCGUGGAUAUUGUUUUGCUUGUUGGGCGAUGUGAUCUUGUUUUUAUAUCUACCAGUGAUGACGCGGCGCUAGUCUCUAUCAUUGACCAGAUUCUCGCUGUGGAAAAUAUCGAUGGCAAGGUAUUCGUGGAUACAACUACCGUACAUCCAAAUACUUCCAAAGCGACAGGCGAUAGGCUAACGCAACGGAAUGCUUCUUUCAUCGCUGCACCGGUAUUCGGAGCUACCCCAGCUGCACAGGCAGGUCAAGUCCUAAUGGCAAUGGCCGGACCUAGCAGCGCCAUUGAAAUAGCCUUACCAUUUGGUAAAGACGUCAUUGCUCGCGAGGUCAUGGUUGUAUCAGAUCAGCCCGAGAAAGCUACUCUUCUCAAGGCAUUGGGUAAUUUCAUCGUCGCAGGAACAAUGGAGAUAGUCGGCGAAGCACACGUCCUCGCUGAAAAGAGCAAUCUCGGCAGCGGGACAUUAGAAAAGUUACUCCAGUUGAAUUUCGGAAAUUUGGCGUAUUCUGAUUCAACGCGCAUGACGCAGGGGGUGUAUAUGCCUGGAGAAGGUGAAUCACCAUGGUCAAAUUUGAACCUGGGUAUCAAAGAUGUACAACAUGGUAUUAGUUGUGCCCGAGACGCAGGAAUGAGGUUGAAAGUUGCGGAAGUGGCACUGGAGCAUAUGCUUCGAGCUAAGGAAUUCUCGGAUUCUAAUGGGGGUCGGCCUUUGGAUUCGUCAUCUGGAUAUGGUAUCAUUCGUCAAGAUGCGGGUCUUGAAUUUGAGAAUGAGUUUGUGAAGAAUCGGGAUGAGAAGGGGAGGAGGAAUAGUUUCUAG